GUCGUCGAUUGUGGCACCAACAACUAUCUGGGGAUCUUCGCGCGCGCCGACCGCCCUCCCUACGGCAGAGACUUUGACACCGGCAGGCCCACUGGAAGGUUCUGCAGUGGAAGAAUCCCAUUCGGUUUUCUUGGUAGGUUUCUUUGCUUUGAGCAUUUCCCUCUCUUUCUUUGCUUCGGUGGAUUCUGUUUGGUUGCCGAGAGUGUGGUGGAGGAAAUUUCACGUUCCGGAGAUUUCGCGUCCGAGUGUUAG